CAUGGCCCUGGUUCUGCAGCUGUUGCUGCUCUCAGGAACUCAAGGGGACCCGAGGGCUUUCCUGGAGGGCCGCCCUGGGGACCGGGUGAAUCUCUCCUGCGUAGGAGUCUCGCACCCCAUCCGCUGGGCCUGGGCACCUAGCUUCCCAGCUUGUAAAGGCUUGUCCAAAGGACGCCGUCCGAUCCUGUGGGCCUCGGCGAGCGGAACUCCCACCGUGCCACCUGCCCAGCCCUUCGCAGGCCGUCUACGCGCCCUGGACCCUGGCAUCCGGCGGCUGGAGCUGCUCCUGAGCGCGGGAGAUUCGGGCACCUUUUUCUGUAAGGGCCGCCAAGAGGAUGAGAGCCGUACGUUGCUUCAUGUGCUGGAGGACGGGGCCGAUUGUAGGCCUCCCCACAGGCCCACGUACCCGCAGCUCCUGAUCCCGCUGUUAGGCGCCGGGUUGGCGCUGGGACUCGGAGCACUGGGCGUGGCCCGGUGGUUGCGCAGGCGCUCUCCCCCGCACCAGCUUAGACCACUGUCCAGAUUUGCUCCACUCGUCAAAGCCGUGAAAGCCGAGCCGCAGAGGCCAAUAAUGAAAGAGGAGCCCAAACUCCCAGGAGACCCGGACCAGGAGCCGAGCCUGCUCUAUGCGGAUUUGGACCAGAUGGCCCUCAGAAGCCCCCGCCGGCUGUCCCCCGCAGUCCCUGCUGAUGCCUCCACCAUCUAUGCAGUUGUUGUCUGAAGGGAAACCCUUACUCCAGAUCUCACAAUCUGAGGCUCAUAGCUCUCCAUAGGUCUCGUCCCCCCCUCAUCUGGAAAAGGAAGGCACCAUGGGAAAGAAAUGAACACUAGACUGAGUGGAUUCCAGGCUAUCUCUGCCACUGAUCUGUCUCCUUCAGUUACUCCCAUCUCUCCUUCAUCACUGGCGCCCUCUCCCAACUGCUAAACCCAAUCAAGCCCUGCCUCCCCAUCUUAAGACAUCAACAACUCUCAGAUAGUUGCCCUAUCUCUUCCCUUCCCUUCACAGUCAAGCUUUGUGAACCAGUGUCCUACACCUGCUUCUUCUAUUUUCUUCUUCAUUCUCCCUCCUACUGCUCAUCUGCUGAAACUGCUCAUCUGCUCUCCAUAACGUGCCAGUGAUGUCCUAAUGGCCACACCCAGUAAAAAUUGUUUAGCAUUCAUCUGAUUGGCCUUUGACUACUGCCUUUUUUAAACUUUUCAUUUGCUACUGGUGACUUCCUUCUGGACUCCUCGUCCACGUUCCCCACACCCAUAGCAUUCCUAACCAUUAUAGGUUUGUCCUUUUCUUUCUUCCUCUUCUCUGUCUUCUGAGAAGCUCUCAUUCACAGCCAGGCAUUCAGCCCUCACUCCUGCAAUGACACCCAGAUCUCUCUCCAGCUCACUUCUCAAAUCUGGAAUUUCCAAAACUGUCCCAGGGACAUCCCUGCCUGGCUGGCCCCAGGCAUCUUACACACAGCAUAUCCAAAUUCCAACUCAAUGUCAUUUCCCAAGCCACCCACUCAAUCCUCUGGAUUCUGUCUUGGUCAACCCAGUUGCCCAAGCCAGAAACUGGGAGUCAUGCAGAUCUCUUUCCCCUCUCACCCUCACACAGUGAGCUGCCAAAUCCUCUCUGUUUCUGUCUUAUCACUGUCAAAUCCACACCCUUCUCCAUGCCCAGCAUUGCUGCCUGAAUGUAUUCUCAUUUCCUGCCUGCAUUGUCCAUAGCCCCACCUCACACCUGCUCAUGUCCACCUCCCUGUAGCCAGAGAUCUUCCCCAAAUGCUAAAGUGCUCCUGACAGCCCUUAUUCCAGAACUACAGUAUUUCUCUCCUUAGCCUUUAGCUCUGAGCCCAUGGUCCUUGGCUUUGGGUACAAGGUGCUACAGGACUGUCCACUCUCCAGGCUCAUCCCUGUCACUACUCUGCAUGCAUACAACAUGCCAGCCUUAGUGAAAUUCUCCUCAGCUCCCAAAUGUGCCUUUGCCUAUGCAGUCCCUUCUUCCUGGAGUACGCUUUCCCCUCCUUUCCACUAAUUGCCUAAUUCUUAUUCAUCUUCAGGACUCAGUUCAAGUGUAACAUUUUUUGGGAAGCCUUUUCUGACCUUCCUUGCCCUAUCUCUGCAUACACUCUGAUGCCUGAGGGAGCCCCCUUAUUUUGCUCAUAGCAACAGCCACCUGGGAAUUUUUCCAUUACAACCUGUAUUUCAGUUUACAACUGAGUUCCCUGACUUCAGGGGGACUGACCCUUUUUUAUAUUACUGCCAUGCCUCAGUACAUGAGUGAAUGAAAACGAAUGUCCUUGGAUGCAUCAUUUCUUCCUCUCUCUCACAUCGGGGUGAGCUGGUAAUCUACCCUUCUCUGAAUCAUCUGACAUUUAGAUAAAUCCAGAGUGAUCCACCCACACUGUCCCUUCUCUGCUCUGGACACGCUCCACAAUAGAAAUUCUCUCUUGUCCAUCUUGCACCCAAGCACCUAUGAUAGGGCUGGGCAGUGAGUAAGUACUUAACGAGGGUUUG